AUGGCAAGAAACACAGACUCCCCAGAUGGUGCCCAGUUGCAGCUUCCCCAUGAGAUUGCCAGACCUUUGGCCAUCAGAGCUGGCGAGCAACCACCGCCCUCCCGCCCUCCCAACCCUGCACCCAUCGGUUCAGCUAUUCCACAUUCAAGCACCUUCCAGAGUAAGAGAAGGCUGUUUGACAAGGGACCUAAUUCGACAUAUGAUGAUGAUGACGAUGUAUCCUCCCCUCCAAGUGCAUUGAUCACGACAGAGUUCUGUGAAUGGAGCAGUCGGUAUUUUGCACAAUCAGUAAUGAAGUUUCCAGAAGAACAUGACCCCCAGAGCCCUGUUCAUUAUGACCGUGAGUGGAGGUUUAUACGUAAUGCCCGAGUCCGAAGGGAGGCCAGAGAGAUGCAGAAAAGAGCAGUUUCAAUGCGAUUAGAUGAUCAGAUUUUCAUCAACCGAAACAAGGCAAAUCCCACGGUGGUGAAGUUCCAUCCAUAUGACCCUCAUAUGGCCGUGGCAGACAAAGAUGGAAUCAGCAUUUGGAACUGGGAUCAGGGUGCCAGGACAAACUACUUCAGAAAUAACAAUGCCAUCAACAGCAGGAUCACAGCCCUGGACUUCAUCAAUGCACAUGACAUCACACUGCUACUGUCAGGGUCCGAUGAUGGUGCUGUACGGAUCUGGCGGGAGUAUGGUUGGGACGGGGAGUGUGAACCAGAGCUUGUGACAGCCUGGCAGGCUAUAUCUGAUCUUCUCCCUUCCACAAGAGGGUCGGGGUUGGUGGUGGAUUGGGAGCAGGAGUCUGGAAUGUUGCUGGCGUCUGGAGAUGUCCGCAUCAUCAGGGUCUGGGACACGCAGAAGGAGAAAAAACUACAGGACAUCCCGACCGGUGCGGACAGCUGUGUGACCAGCCUGGUCAGUGAUUCCGUGGGGCGGUCACUGCUGAUAGCCGGAUGUGGGGACGGCUCAGUCCGACUCUUUGACAGGAGACUUGCACCUAAUGAAUGCCGAGUGAUGACCUUGAGAGAACACACAGGCUGGGUGGUGAAGGUGUUCCUGCAGAAGGGCAGUGAGGGCAACAUCAUCAGUGCCAGUGUCGGAGGUGAUCUGAAGUUCUGGGAUCCCAGGUUCAGUGAGUCUGUGAAGACGAUACAGACGUCCCAGGGACUGGCAUCAUUUGAUGUUCAUCCUCAAGCUGAAAUAUUUGCAUGUGGCUCUGCUAACCAGUUCAUCAGCCUCUACACCUUAAACGGGGAAAACAUCAGCACCAUCAAGUACCACGAUGGCUUCAUGGGACAGAGAAUAGGACCAAUCAGCUGCCUGGCUUUCCAUCCACACUGGUUCUGUCUGUUUAUGGGGAACGGAAACAGAAACAGUGACAUCAUGCAGCUAUGGACAUGUUAGAAUAUUUACUGUACAUCUAAAUAAAUGAUAUGAAAAUGAGUUAUGGGACUUUAUUUUCUCUAAUGUUGAUGAUAUUGAAACAAAAGAAUAAUUCUUAAUAGCCUAUUCUGGUUAUCAUCAAAUAUUUAAAGAUGUAAUCAAUAUACAACACUGUUUUUACUUACAGACAGGGUACGUUACAAUUGGCCGGCAAAAUGUUUUGUUUCUCUGGAUCAGACCUUGUGAACCUCGGAUUUUUAAAGAAUGAUAUCAAACAUGACCUUCAAUCUUCACAUGUGUGGAGAUGUUGCCCCAGUUCCAGUCUGUGAUGUUUAUGAAUAUUAAUUGUUUAAUUCAACAUCAGAGCUGAAAACUCCUUUAGCAGAAUUAGACAUUUAAACAAAUAUUUCUCAUUGAGAAAAAACUGUAUGGUCUGUCUUCAUAGUAAUGUGUGAUAUGAAGUACAUAGUGGAGGAAAGAUCUGUUUAUAAGGGGAGCCAACUACAUUAUGAUAUUGUUGAGCCUUCCUCCCCAGACAGCUCUAAUAAAAGAAUAUGAAAUUUCAUUGCCUGCAGUUCAGUGUUGUCUCACUAAGCUGCUAUAUAUACAAAAUGUAGGGCUGUCUGACUGGGAAGUCAAACUUCCCACCACUGAACACAGGCAACAGUAACUGUACAUAUAGUUACAUGAUGCAACCAUUGUGGCAAUGAUGUAAAGGUGUGUCAAACAACAUCAAUGAGAUAUAUUAAAGUUUUCAAAAGAUCUUCA